CAACACACGCACGUCUAUAUAUACGCCACACAUCAAUGCCCAGCCGCAAUGAGAUCACGGUAGACAUCCACCAAAUGAGCAGGCAAGCGUCGGGCCCGGACGACGGCAGAACGCCGUCGGCGUUCGAAUGGAUCGGGGCCGCGACAAAGGGGGUUGGGAGCGCCUGCUUCCACGCAUUGACGGGGCCGGCGGCGGGGCCGCUCUUAUUCGCGUGCAUCUGCGUCGCGCUGGCCUACGGGACCAAGAGGCGGAGGAAGCGGGUCGUGUUCCACCGGUCGGUGUCCAUCGCGGCUCUCCACGGCGGGGAUAUGGCCCUGGAGAGGAUCCUGGACGCCCAGGAGGCCCGCGUCGGCCAGGACACCGCCGAAAACGCCGCCAAUGAGAUGCAGAAGAUGCUCGACAAGGACCCGAAGGAUAUAAGCUACAGAGCAUUGCACAGACUUGCAGCAAGAUUGGAAAUGAGUGGAAAGGAGGAUGACGCGAUAAAGAUGUUGCAAAAAAAAGUGCAGGAGACCGAGAAAAAUAAGCACCCUCAUGAAGCACACGAGCUUCAAAUGUUGCUAGUUGAAAUGCUCAUAUACAAGGGAGACUACCAGCAGGCUCUAAGCUGCAAAUGCCUUAAUGAUGAAGAUAUUUCUGAUGCCCGAGGUCCCCUUUAUAAGGCGAUUAUUUACUCUACAAUGGGUGAUCAACAACGUGCUCGAAAAUGUUACGAGAAAUUUCAGGAAAUUCGUAGCCGCUUCCACUGGUUUGACUGUCUCGAGGAAACUCCACUCUAUGGCGUGGUGCACAAUUUCAAUAACUUUGAGAAGACCGUUGCAAAUCUGAAGAAAGAGAUCGAGCAUGCCAAGACUAAAAAGCCUUGAUGAAAUGAGGAAGAGAAGAUGAUGCUGCAUGGCUUAAGAUUGCGAAAGGGAGGUUCUUUUAUGUCAAUAAUAUGUGGAACCAUAUAUUAAAAUUUUAUGAGAUUUGGACUAUUUAUCUUGCAUUCAGAUCUUUGCUGACUAGGGAGAUUAUGAUGUUGAAUAAGGGAUGGUUCAUGCUGCAAACAACAUGAUGGAUUAUGGAAAAUUGAAAUGAA